GUCACCAUCCAUCACCUUUAUCAUCAUGUCCGAAGUGCAAAAACGCAAGCUCCGUCCAGCGCGCAAACAAGUAAAGGUCGGCGAGGUUGACCUUUCCGAGAAGGUUCAGCCAGGGAAGGAGUACAACAUCUGGUACAAUAAAUGGGCGGGCGGUGACAAGGAAGAUGCCUUGGCCAGCCAAACACUGUCGCAGACUCGCUGCGUGAUCGCGCGCGACUCGGGGUACACCCGGGCGGAUACCACAGGCAACCGCUUCUGCUGCCUGUACUUUGCGCGCGGCUGCUGCCCGUACGGGGCUGAAUGCUCCUACUUGCACCGAUUGCCUGCGCCUAACCAGGUCAUCGAGCACUCGCGUGACUGCUUUGGGCGCGAGAAGCACGCCGAGUACCGCGACGAUAUGGGUGGUGUGGGCAGCUUCAAUCGUACCAACCGCACGCUGUACGUCGCCAAGAUCCACGAGAGCCCAGACCGCGACCAGGGCAAGGAGACGCUUUUGCGACACUUCGGCGAAUGGGGCAAGAUUGAGCGGUGGAAUAUUCUGCAUAACCGCGGCAUUGCGUUCGUGACCUACAAGUACGAGGCCAACGCGCAAUUCGCCAAGGAGGCAAUGCAGCACCAAAGCAUGGAUAUGGACGAGGUCCUCAACGUGCGAUGGGCAACGGAGGACCCCAACCCUGGGGAGAAGAGACUCGAGGACAAGCGGAUAGCGAUCGAGGGCAAGAAGGUGAUCGCGUCUAAGCUUGACCCACAACUCGUCGAGGCCAGCCAGAGCCUGCGCGCGCUCGAGGAGGGCAAUGAGGCUGACUUCUACGCCAUCGAGGCGCCCGAAGAGGUAGAGGUCGAAGGGCGGCCAGCGAAGCGUGCACGCGGAGAUGAGUCUCAAGGUGGGAUUUUGGGCGGGGACGCACUCGAGAACAUCAAGUUCUAUGCUGAGAUGGCCCGCAAGAACGCCGCAGAGGAGAGAACUCGCAAGGUGCCGACGAAGCCGACAGGAGUGGCAUUACUGGGCGGGUACGGCAGCGACGACGACAGUGACUAGACGGCGGACAUUACAGUGCGAUGUGUGACCUCU